CUUCAUACUAAGACUACUGACCUGUAAAACACCGAAAGUUUCUUCAACAUGCAUAUCAUCAACUUUCUUACCACUGCAGUUCUCCAGGCUGCUCUGGUACGCGCGGCACCAGGUGCUGAUCUCGGCAUCUCUGUUCGAGACGGCUCGUGCCCUGGCGAUCAGACAUGGUGUGGCUGGACGAAGUCAUGCAAGUGUGACAACGACUACGUAUGGGACAGCAAGAAGCAGAAGUGCCACUACCCAGUAUGGCCGAAGCCCGUCUGCCCGACCGGCCAGAAGGGCUAUUGCGGCAAGAGCCAGAGCGAGUACUGCGAAUACGAUGCCGGGAACGACUAUUGCAAUGACGACGGGCAUAACAAGGUCUUUUGCUGCGCGAAGAAAGACCUCCCGGACAAGCUGAAGGACAAGUGCCCCAACGACCAUCCCUCGUGCAAGGCGACGCAGGUGUGGGACGGCGACUCGAAGAGUUGCAAGUGCCCUAAGGGCAAGGUCUGGCGUGACGACAAGUGCAAGCAUCCCGUCAUGCCCAAGCCCUCCUGCUCUGGCCAGCAGAAGCCUUGCUGUGCUAAGAACCAGAAGGACUGGUGCGCCUAUGAUGAGUCGAAGAAGGAGUGCUCUAACAAUGGAAAACACAUCACCUUUUGUGCAGCACCUGGCAAGGAGCAACAGUAUUGCGACAAUUAUUGGAACUAAAACUGGGAUGAGUCGGAAGGGGGAAAUGUCCCGAAGCUCAAAACUAGCAACAUGCGGAGGCCACACCAGUUCGUUCAUGGGCUGUUAUUCAUCUUUCUUCUCAACUUUGUCCACUCUCUAGGCUAUCUUUAUUUGCUUCCCCUUGCAAAAGCUAUAGCUAAUAUAUAACUAUAAUGAAUUCGUGUGUUGGUUUAAAUAUUGUAUCUCCGUGGUUCAUUUUUGCUAUUUCUGCUUGAAUAGAGCUCAACCUAGAACAACUGAUACUUCAUGAUUCUUUAUGCUUAUACUUUUUCUUUGCCAUUAAUAACAUACUGUUUUAAAAACAUGUCCAAGAAAGACGUUGAUAACAGUUCAAGUAAUCAGAUGUCAUGACAGUAGUUAUCGAUAUAAAAUAAACUGAACAAGGAUACGUCGAUGACUAAAGUGGUUGCUAUUGAGGAUGCUGAAUAAGUGUGUGGUAAUACUUUUCC